AUGUCAAGCCCCCCCUCUGAGUCCGGACACCAUGCCGCACCCACCGACCUGGUGAGGUCUGAGCAGGAGCGAGCACAUAUACAUUCUCAAGACAGCUCGCAGAGCCAAAGUUCAAAAUGGACGCCUUUGCAGACCGCUCGAAAGAACCCUUCGUCUUUGUUGACACAAGCUUUAAAUUUGAGCCGCGACACAGAUCAAGACCUUUCGAACGCUGGAACCUCUACCCCUACGCAGUUAAACUCCUCCCCUAUUUCUUCACAAGACACGCAGCGGGACAAUGAGCUAGAUAAAGAUUCCGACCACUCGGUAUAUAGCAUGCCAAUAGCUGCAUCUGCUUCGUCGACCGAUUUACGAGCGGGUAUGGGAGUUGGAUCGUCUCUGCCCUCUAUGAUUUUCAAUCUACGUGACUUGAAUGGCACCAGUUCGUCACUGACGAAUCAUCGGCAACUCCUCAGCAACAAAAGCCGUGGGCGCGGAACAUCAUUAGAACGUACAGAGAAGGAGAGGCGCGUUCAAGAGAUCCCACAAGAUACGUUUGCUGCAAAUCCCGGUGACACUGGUAUAGCUGGUCCUCCCACGCCAAUUCCCCCAUCCGAAUCAAUAUCAAAGACUCCUCCUACGGAAGGAGUCCGAGCGGAGUACAGAUCUUGGAGAGAUGCUCAUCGCCCUGUAAAGAAAGAAGAAAAGGCGUGGUCUAUCGGCAAUCAAGGGAGUGAGGAUGGGCAAGAUGGCCCGGUUGAGAAGUCCCUCAAGGAAAUACUUACUGGGGUUGAGCACGAUGGUCGCAGCAGGAAAGCGAGUCACAGUAUGGGCUUCUUCAGAGAAGGUCUACCAGAGGAUAAGGCCAGGAAGCGGGAUAACAAGAGUAGAGUCCAUCCCAAAGACGGUCCAUCUAGUGCCAAAGAUCAUGUUGGACGUGAGAUUGAAGACCAGAAGGACCAGAAGAGCAUUCAGACCGGGGAUUUCCAAAGCCCAACGCAUGAUAAUGUUGGUGGAGGUCACUUUGAUGGAGCAUCCCACAGCUCACCGCAAAGUACGGAUAAGGGUGAAUCGAAAGAAGCACGGGAAUUGCCCGCCCAAUUACUUGACGAGAUCCGGAAACACCACAACCUAACAGUCGGUGCUGGCAAAGGCUCAUCUUUUUCGUCAAGUAUACCUGUCACAGAAUCCGAAAGGUUGAAGUUUGACGGUGAAGAUAAGUCUCCGAAGGUUCCACGGACUAUCCGAGAGGAGGAAGCGGAUGACAAUGGCACAAUAUUGACCCGUACACGAAGGGCAGACGAUGAGGAUGAUUCUGGAGAAGAUGAAAUUUCGUCGGCUCUCUUCGUCCCCCACAACAGUACAAAUCUCAUGGAGUCUCCGGAGCGGACUAGACGUAGUUCGCAUAAUGACGAUAAAUUACGACUAAUAGAUAAGGACCGUUUGGAUGCAACGAACUCUCAACAAUGGCUCGAGGAGCACGAAGUACCAUCUGACGAAAUAGACAAGAAAUAUGUUGCAAACGAAGACAAAACUCGGCCGCUCCCAUCCCCUACCCAUAGUAUACAUAGUAUGCAGAAGCAGCCUACCGAUAAAGGGUCUUCUAGUCUCCAUGAUGUACCCGAAAUUGAACCCGAAGUCCAUGAUGAGGAUGGUUACAGUACGACAGCUGAGGAAUCUGGUGUGGAAGAUCUCGACACGACGCCAACCGGUUCACUGAAGCAAAUUCACGAACCGUACAUUGCGAACCAACCACACAUUCACGAACACCAGAAAAGCAUCAUACAGCCGCUAGAAACCAUUGAGUUGAUUCCGUAUCGACACCAGGUUGGAGGCCACACGACUAUGUGGAGAUUCUCCAAGCGUGCAGUCUGUAAGCAACUGAAUAACCGCGAAAAUGAAUUUUACGAGAGAAUUGAGCGUAACCAUCCUCAGUUAUUGAACUUUCUUCCUAGAUACAUUGGUGUUCUCAAUGUCACUUUUGCAAAGCAAAUACGCCGCAGGUCCACGCGUAAUGAUCAUCCGGAGGUAGCUACUAAUCGCAAGGCCCUUGCCCAAGAUGGCCCGCAGGAGCCUACGAGCGAGAAGGUAGCAGAUGCUCCAAAUAGCAGUACUUCUGCUACUGAUAUGCCAGAGGCCACAAGGAUGAUCAGUCAGUCAAUUCAGGCCUCUUCUGUGCCAAUUCCGACUGUUACCUUUGCGGAUAAUAGACAUAUUUUACCAUCAAGAUUUUUUCGAAGCCAGGCAUGUGCGUUGGAUCCACACCAGAGAUCUAAGAGUGAUGGUGCUGCUGCGUUGUACCAAGACGCCGCCCAAACACAGCCACCGUUACCUGAUGCGGACUUCACGUUUCGUCCCUCAUUGGCAGAUAAACACGCGACUAGCUGGGGCGCUACAACAGUGAACAAGGAGCUUCGAAACAAAGUCUUUGACGAAGCUUUCCUGGGACAGCCAAUUCCAAUUGAACGCCACAAAAAGCCAGGAUCACAAAAGCGAUCGUUGCCAAAUCGUCGUGGAACUGGGCCAAACCUCCGAGUGUCUAAUUCGGAAUCAAGUCUCACGGCUGCUCAGCAGACUCAAGCGCCCGCUACUGCGCAGCCAGCUGAGAUAUCUAUUCGCCGCCAGGCUCUAGAAGCAGCAGCUGCGCAAAGGCAGAGCGCAGAUUAUAAUACACCAGCCAAUAUGCCUAAGUCAAUCCCAAGGAGGGGCUCCAACGGCGACGAGGAAGAGAAGGUGUUCAAUGAAAAGGCAGGCACUAGUGCUCCAGAGCCCGAACUUUCUCGUACUCAAGGCGAUUCUUCCGGUUCAUCUGGCAAACGACAAAGACGAUACUCAAGCGGCGGACUUCGCCGUAAGCCUACCGAAGUAGCCGAGGAUCGUGGCAAUCUAAGGUAUUUUGAAGAGGCGGAUGACGCUGGUUACAAGGGAGAUGCUGAAGAGGAGGUCUUUACAAUGGAUCCUGAGACAUCAAAUGAAAAUCAAGUACCUCAAUCAAAGCCCAUGGAUUCAGAACUCUCACACGAAGCCGCUAAAGAUCCAGUCGCCACGAAUGGUUCUAAUGCUGGUGAAGAGGCUUCUGACCUCAUGCCACCACCUACUCGGACUCAAACUUUAGAUUUCCUAGGUAUCCCUCGUCCUGUGAACCCCAAGGAAGCACAAACGCAACAAGGCUCGCGUGUUCAAUAUUUUCUACUCCUUGAGGAUCUAACAUGCGGUAUGAAAAGACCUUGUAUCAUGGACCUCAAGAUGGGGACCCGACAAUACGGCGUUGAGGCCAGCGAGAAGAAACAAAAGUCACAGCGGCAGAAAUGUGCUGAUACAACAUCGAAAGAGCUGGGUGUCCGUGUUUGCGGGCUGCAAGUAUGGGACGUUAAGGACCAAAAGUACGUCUUUAAGGACAAAUAUUUUGGGAGAGACCUCAAGGCCGGGCGGGAAUUCCAGGACGCUCUAACGCGGUUUUUAUACGACGGGGUUGAUUAUUCGAGCGUUUUACGACAUAUUCCCACGGUCCUAAGGAAGCUUUCUGAGCUCGAAGUUCUGAUUCGCGGUCUUGUCGGAUAUCGAUUUUAUGCUGCAAGUCUCUUGAUGUUUUACGACGGAGAUACUCACGUCGAGGAUGAGAGCGAUAGUGCAGCUACGGAGAAGGAUGUAAAACCUGUGAAGGAGAUUGAUUUCAAGAUUGCAGAUUUCGCGAAUUGUAUAACUAAAGAGGGUCUCAGCGAGGGUACACGCCCUUGCCCACCCAGACACGCAGAUUUGCCCGACAUGGGUUUUUUGAGGGGUUUGAAGAGCCUGAAGAAGUAUUUCAUUGCUAUACAGAAUGAAGUACGCGUGAAAGAGAUGGGGAUGGCUGACGAGAGAGUCAAGAAUGGUUCGAAAACCCCUGUGUGUGAUGGCGCCGGAGAUUCGGAUGAAGGUGAUAUGAGUUAUUGA